GGUAGGCUCAAGGUCUUUUUCUUAACAAAAACAAAAUUCAAAAUUCAAAAUUUUGCUUACAACACAACAUAUAACGUUCCCAACUUUCUAAACUCUUUCAUCUUAUCAUACAAAAAUCCAAAUAUUCUAUCUUUCCUUCAAUGGGUGCUUCUGGAAAAUGGUUUAAAUCACUUCUUUCUCAUAAAAAGUCCUCUACAACUCCUCAAGAGAAGUUUAGUGGUGGAGAUAACAAGAGUAAUAACACUAUUAAGAAGAAGUGGAAGCUAUGGAAAACAUCUUCAGAAGGAUCUUCAAUGAUGAAGAGUGUUGGUGAUGAUUCUGUUUGUGAUUCUUCCCUUACUGCUGCAAAAGCUGUGGUCAUUCGAGCUCAACCCAGAGAUUUUAUCCUCAUCAAGCAGGAAUGGGCUGCUAUAAGAAUUCAAGCUUUGUUUCGAGCCUUUUUGGCUAGAAGAGCUUUAAGGGCAUUGAGGGCCGUAGUGAGGCUGCAAGCAAUAUUUCGAGGCCGACAAGUGAGAAAACAAGCAGCUGUUACUCUAAGGUGCAUGCAGGCUCUUGUUAGAGUUCAAGCACGUGUAAGGGCUAGGAAUGUGAGGAACUCUCCAGAAGGGAAAGCGGUGCAGAAGUUAUUGGAUGACCAUCGUAACCAAGCUGAUUCUGUUAAGCUUGUAGAGCAAGGAUGGUGUGAAAUUCCUGGAACUGUAGAUGAAGUAAAAGCAAAGCUAAGAAUCAGGCAAGAAGGAGCCAUCAAGAGAGAUAGGGCAUUGGCAUACUCUCUAUCCACACAGCAGUCAAGAAUGAGUGCUAGUCCAAACUCAAAAGCAGCAACUCUUCUCAAGAAUUGCAACCUUGACAACAAGAGCUUAGGAAAUAGCUUGUUAGAACGGUGGAUGGCAACAACCAAACCAUGGGAGAGUCCAAUGUCAAACUCAAGGAAGAGUGAAGAACUUGUUCCUCCUCCUUUUCAAUCAAGAAGGAAUGGUGUGACAACUAGGAUUUCAGCUCUUAAAACAAGUCAUCAAACUCCAUCAUUUUCGACAAUGAGCUCCGAAUACAUGAAUGAUGAUAGCCUUUUAUCGACUUCAUUCACAUCUGGAUCUCCAUCUAUGCCAUCCACUAACACUGUUAUAGUGGAAGCAACAGAGGAAAAAGAUGUUCAUCAACCUAGCUACAUGAAUUUAACAGAAUCAACCAAGGCUAAACUCAAAGCUUAUAGGUGUACUUCGCAGAAUUCGAAGAGACUCGCAAUGGAUGAUUGUAUGUCUCAUAACAUAAGUACAACUUUUCUAAAUGGAGAUAAUAGCACAAGCAGUUCUGGUUCUGACCCUUCAGUUAAUUUAUGGAAGGAUCGCUGUGCAACACCUCUAAGGGCAAGUUAUCGAAGCCGAUAUGCGAGGAGAUAGAGAAUUUUCUCUAACAGUUGCAACCUGAUCAUAUAUCUACUUUCAAUGAGUCCAACAGCUUGUUGUCCAUUGUCAUUUCUUGGUAGUGGCUAAUUGACAGUGUAGAUAAAAUAGUGGUUUUUUGUGUGAUGAAUGAAAUUGCAAAUGUUUGGUCUUUACAUUAUGUUUUUACACUAAUAUGUACAUAGUAGUUGUUUUAUUAUUGGUCUUUAGAACAUUGACAUUAUGUUUGAACUAUGUUAAAUCUCUAAAAAGUAUGAGCUUAAGAUGAGACCAUAUUAUUCAUUUUC